CAGUUAGUACAAAAAAAAAAAAAAUGAUACCAUGUAUGGAUAUUGAGAAGGUCAAGGUCGAGGGCCGGAAAAACGUGUGUAUCAAAUUGCAUCAUAAAAACUUCAUAAAAUUUAUUUAAUUAUAAAUUAUUUUUGACAUAAACAAAUUGAAAUUUAAUUUUUUUUAUGGAAUAUAUAGUUGUGUUGAUCUAUGUGUAAGUGAUUUGUGUUGAUAAAAUAAGUUAUUAAUAUUGUCAAGCACAUUUUAUUGUUAGUUGGUUGGGGAUUGAGCCAAGACCUCCAGUGUGUUACUGAUAAUAAAAUAUUAUAAGAGGGGCGACUGUUGAAUAAAAAUUUUCAUAAUACAGAUAAUAAUGUCUUUGCACUUUCUGUAAAUAUUAAAACAACGCGUGUGUUACAAAUGUAAACAUAUAGAUCUUAGAUCAAUGCCACUGUGCUAUCAAAUUACAAAAUUUUUUUUUUUGAAAAUAAAGAAUAUCUACUCAUCAAAGUGUCUCCAAGAUGUAUGUUACGACUUUAGUUUAUACCGGCACAUCAACCACACCAAACGUUCAUCGACUUCAGCAGACUUAAGUUGUCAUCUAGACCUUCAAUCAAUUGUUGAUGAGAACCUGGUGAUCCAAGGAAUAUCACGUAACAUUGUCAAGUUAAUAUGACGGUGACAGGAUACGUAGAACAAACACAAGAGCUGAAUUUAACGAUACCAACUAACGAAAAGAAAUUUGAUAUGAUUAAUCAACAAAGUAGCACUGAUGAUACAUCACAAGAUAAAAUAACAAUAAAUAAUAAAAAUAUACAAGAUGAAAAUGAACCAUUUAUUGAUAAUAAUGAUAAAAAAUUAUCAAAAACAUUUGUUGAUGGUUUAAAAAUUGAAAUUGUAUCAAAUAAAAUUGUUAAAAAAAAAUCCAAUGAUAAUGAUGAUGCUGAUGACAAUAAAAAUAAUGAACAUAAUCCACCAGAUGGUGGAGUUAGAGCAUGGUCAAUAAUGCUUGGUAGUUUUUUUAUAAAUGGUAUAUUAUUUGGUGUUAUUAAUUCAUACUCAUUGAUUUAUACUGAAUUAACAAAAGAAUUAAUAAAAAUUAAUGAAACUGAAAUUUCAUGGAAAGCAUCACUUGUUGGAUCAUUAACGAUAGGUACGACAUUUCUAUUGUCACCAGUAUCUGGUAUUCUCACUGAUAAAAUUGGCAUUCGAAUGACAACACUUAUUGGUGGUGCUUUGGCAACUGGAGGUCUUCUUUUGUCUUCAAUGUUUUCAUCAAGAGUUGAAAUAUUGUAUUUGACUUAUGGUGUUAUUUAUGGACUCGGUGCAAGUCUUGCUUAUACACCAAGCCUUGUUAUUUUAGGUCAUUAUUUUAAAAAAUAUAUUGGUCUUGUUAAUGGUAUUGUCACUGCUGGAAGUUCAAUAUUUACAAUAAUAAUGCCAAAUAUUAUUGAAUAUUUAUUACAUGAAUAUAAUUUAGUUAUUACACUGAGAAGUUUAGCUUUUCUUACAUCUGUCGUAAUGUUGUGUGCAAUAUUAUUCAAACCAAUUACUCCUAUUGAAUUGCCAAAAACACCUGUUGAAAAUUCAAUGGUUAAAAAAAAAUCAAUAUCAUCAGCAAUUAUUGAUACUUCAAUAUGGAAACGUAAACGUUACGUUGUUUGGGCAAGUGCAAUUCCAAUUGCAUUAUUUGGUUAUUUUGUGCCAUACGUUCAUAUUGGAAAAUUUGUUGAACUUAAAUUUUCUGGUCACAGUCAAAAAUUGCCCUUAAUGUGUAUUGGAAUAUCUUCUGGUAUUGGACGUCUUGUAUUUGGAUAUAUUGCUGAUAUUCCUAGAGUUGAUCGUAUCAUGCUACAACAGAUAUCAUUUGUUAGCAUUGGAAUUUUAACAAUGCUUUUACCUUCAUCACCUCCUUAUUGGGCGAUACUUUUAACAAUAACUCUUUUAAUGGGUUUAUUUGAUGGAUGUUUCAUCUCUCUUCUUGGUCCAAUAGCAUUUGAUAUUUGUGGAAAAAACGGGGCAACUCAGGCCAUUGGAUUUUUACUUGGAAUGUGUUCAAUUCCAUUAACAAUUGGAGCACCAAUUGCUGGUUCAAUUUUUGAUCAUACUGGAUCUUAUACAUUGCCAUUUGCAUUGGCUGGAAUUCCACCGUUGAUUGGAGCUUUUGCAAUGUGUCUCAUUAGAUUUUUCAAAAAUGAUUCGAGUGAUGCUAAUUCAACUGAUGAUACUGUGCUUAAUGGAACCAGAAAUAACGGUAAACCUAGAAGUCCACUGGAAAUAUGGGAAAAUCAUCAUCAAUGUUCUGAUUGUUAUAAAUGUAUUGCCAUCUCGGAGAGUCUUCCUCUUUUAUUUAAUAGAAAAACUUUUGAUAAUCUCACUGACUGAUUAAUUUCUCUUUAUUUUUUACUUAAUAUCUUGUUUAUUUUUUCUUUGUUAUUGUUUGUUAAGUCUUGGCUGU